GCACUGUGUAUACUGCGUCAUUGUAUCAACCAGAAGGAUAUUAUAACGGCUGGUCAUGGAGUUUAGAAAACUGUUCGUACAUAUUGCAUGGUUAGCUGCUUUCACUGUCACUACGCAUUCCAAAGAUGGUGGGGAUGUGAGGUACACGUGUUUUGGGUGGGAGUACAAAGUUUUCUGUGGAUCACUAAAUUGGGACGAUGCGCGACAGGCGUGUCGGGAUGCCGGCUUCGAUGAUUUAGCCGCGAUACGGUCGUCUACAAUGAUACAAGACGUCAAGGACAUCGUCGCCAACAAUCAAUGGACCAAGCAAAAUUGUCACAAUGGUGGAUUCUGGAUAGGCUUGCACGACCCAGACACGACCAAUGCCAUUCCUCACACGGAGGCUGAUUUGCAGUGGGUGAGCAAUGAUCCGUGUGUGAAGUACUUUGAAUGGGAACCAUUCCAACCUGAUGACAACACAAAGCAAAAUGUUGCAGGACAGGCUUGUGUAUGUCUUUGGUCAAAGAAGAACGGACUAAUGGACGACAACUAUUGCAUACUGGAACGCGGAUAUAUUUGUGAGAAAUUCAUUCACAAUGAUUGCGGUGAUUCCUGUGGCUGUGAUGGAGGAUGCCCGUCUUAGAAUAAUACACACCGUGAAUGCGUGACGUCACAUAGCUGUUUUUUCAAGACAUUUGAGUAUUACGUCAUCUCAUUGUGUCGUCCUUACUGAAAAUGUUUCUAUCGUUCCCACGCAGGGUAGUCACAUCCGCCUUCUAUACAUUGAUUUUCUUUCAAUCAUUACAUUAAAUUUACUUUUCAUGUCACUGCUGCUUCUAACACCUGUAUUUGUUUGCGCCUUUGUGAGAUAUCAUACCCCAGAAGUCCCGUACACUACACUACGCGGUACACUGCAUAGUUAUGAUCACGGGAGGAGCUACUAUAAAUCACGCCCUCUGGUAUUGGAGCGCUUUUGUGUCGUCAACAUUACGUAUAUAGAUAAAGGAGUUUUAGUUUAAAUCGGCAACUGUGUUUGGUUGUGGAGUCGUCAUCUAGAAUUUAGUAAAAUUUCUCAAAAACGCUACCCUAAUCAAUUGACAAGCCCCUACGUGCGAGGCUUUUGUCGCAAGUCACGUCAUCGAAGCGCUACGCUACUAGAGAGGGCGCUUUUUAUAGAAGGUGUUUUCAUAAACAUGUAACAUCAAACCACUGAUCUGAGACGUAACGGAAGUUCUGGGGUUAUAGAUAUUAUUACUAGACAAAUAUAAGAUAUACUAGAUUUAAUAAAUGACGUUUAUCCCUAAAAA